GCUGGGAGCGUGGAGGGAAAAGAGGGCUACUCCUCCUCACCCCUCCACUCCUUCUCCAUUCACUGAGAAAGCUCUGAGCACAAACCUCUCAACUCCUUGAAUGGACUCCCACAUCUUGGAGCCAGACUCUCUGUUGCUGCUGUCGGGGACCGAAACAGCUAAGAUCACGGCUCAUCACUGCGUUGAAUUUUUUUUCUUCACUUCUCCCCGUGCUGCUGCUGAGAAAAGUUGAGUGCUGUGACUUUGCUGUGUCGCCAUGAACUUCUGCCGGACUUGAGGAGUUUCCAGAGCAGCUGUGCGCCGCCGUAAACAACCGAUGGGCAAGAACUGAUCCAGGAAAGGCUUGAAAGACGAAGAAGCAAAGAAAAGACGAGGAAGAGAAGAAGCUGUUCUUAUCGUGAAAGAAAGGUUUCUUUAGAGGGUAGUGUCUGAUUUUCUGACUGCUUGGCUCAGUCAGACUCUCAGGCAGGGAGGCUGACAGGUAGAACGCUGCAGGGUGACAGAUCCAAAUUAAAAAUAGCCCACCUUUGUAGCAGUUUUCUCCCCUGGACCACAAUGGGAUCAGAUGUACGUGACCUGAACUCCCUGCUGCCCCCCCUCCCGGCGGGACCCAGCCCCGGCUGCCCAGCCCUGCCCGUCAGCACGGCCCCUCAAUGGGCACCCGUCUUGGACUUCCACACCGCCGCAUCCCCUUACUCCUCCCUAGCUGCCCCCCACACCUCCCUGGGGCCUCACUCCUUCAUCAAGCAAGAGCCCAGCUGGGGGGCCACCAGCGACCCGCAUCACCUGGACACAGAUCCUCACUGUGGCCUCAGCGCCUUCACCGUCCACUUCUCAGGGCAGUUCACGGGAACUGGCGCCUGCAGGUACGGGGCAGCAUUCGGAGCAGCCCCACCACCACCAAGUCAGCCGCCGUCUGUGGCCGCCCCGCACCACCACCAGCCCCCCAGCAGGAUGUUCAGCAACCCACCGUACCUGACCAACUGCAUGGACACACAGCAGGCAGCCCGCAACCAAACAGGUUACAGCACAGUUGCAUUCGACGGAGCUGGUAAUUACGGACACACUCCUACACACCACAGCUCGCAGUUCUCUAACCACUCCUUCAAACAUGAAGACGCUUUAACUCAGCAGAGCACUAUGGCUGAGCAGCAGUAUCCUGUACCUCCUCCUGUUUACGGAUGCCACACACCUUCAGACACCUGUACAGGCAGCCAGGCCCUGCUGCUGAGAAACCCAUACAACAGCAGAGAAAAUGUAUAUCAAAUGACCUCUCAGUUGGAGUGUGUGGCAUGGGACCCUGUCAAUACACUGGCAUCCACCAUAAAGAGCCAUGCAACUGGCUAUGACAGUGACCCCAACACCCCAAUGGUGUACAGCUGCAGCACGCAGUACCGUAUACACACACAUGGAGUCUUCAGGGGUAUACAGGAUGUGCGGCGUGUGCCCAGCAUCGCUCCCACCAUUGUGCGGUCAGAGAGCAGCGAGAAGCGUCGGUUCAUGUGUGCCUACCCAGGAUGCAACAAACGCUACUUCAAGCUGUCUCACCUGCAGAUGCACGGUCGCAAACACACAGGGGAGAAACCCUACCAGUGUGAGUUCACAGACUGUGGCCGGGGGUUCUCCCGCUCCGACCAGCUCAAAAGACACCAGAGGAGGCACACAGGAGUUAAACCCUUCGAAUGCGAGACGUGUCAGAGAAAAUUCUCUCGGUCUGACCACCUUAAGACACACACCCGGACUCAUACAGGUAAAACAAGUGAGAAGCCAUUUAACUGCCAGUGGCCGAACUGCCAAAAGAAGUUUGCCCGGAGCGACGAGUUGGUGCGACAUCACAACAUGCACCAGAGGAACCUCACCAAACUCCAGCUGGCCAUUUGAGUCUUUUGUCAGCCAGAGUUGUCAUCUGCAUAUAUUUUCUGUCUUCAGUAAAUCCAGACCUGGUGACCCUCUUUGCGCACAGGAAACCAGCCUCAGCAGUGUUCUAAUGGGUUCUUUAAGAAUCAUUUUGUUAAUACAAACUAGAUACAACUGUCUACACAAAUCCAAAUUAAGUAAUGAACUUUUUCCUGAACAUGAACAUGAACAGUUCUGAAAUCUGUGGGUUGCAUAGUCUAUGAAAGUUUAUCGUGGCUUUCAGGGUAUAGAAAUUGUAGGAUAAGAUUGGACAUAUUUUGUAUUUCUGCUAUUUCCAGUGAAUCCCAUGGAAAGCCCAAAACCACCAGUGUGUGAAAAAUGCUGACCCCUCACUCAGUUGAAUGGGACCACUUUGUUGAUAACAGCAGGAGUUCCAACAUAUGGCAGAAAAGUUG